AUGUCCACAAUUACAUCUUCUCAAUUGAUCAAAUAUUCUGAAACUAUAAGCUCAAGUGAUGAUGCAUUCAAGCUUGGAUUCUUCAGCCCAGUGAACACAACAAAUCGCUACGUAGGAAUCUGGUAUCUCAAUCAAUCCAACAUCAUAUGGGUUGCCAACAGAGAAAAACCAAUACAAGAUUCAUCUGGAGUUAUCACCAUAUCUGAUGACAACACAAACCUUGUAGUACUGAAUAGACACAAACAUGUUAUAUGGUCAUCAAAUGUCUCAAGUAAUUUGGCAUCCUCAAAUUCUAAUGUCACUGCUCAGCUUCAAAAUACUGGAAACCUCAUCUUGCAGGAAGACACUACAGGCAAUAUAAUAUGGGAGAGUUUCAAACAUCCAUCUGAUGCAUUCCUCCCAAAUAUGAUAAUUAGCACAAACCAAAGAACAGGGGAAAAAGUAAAAUACACUUCUUGGAAAACUCCUUUGGAUCCAGCUAUUGGAAACUUCUCUCUUAGCCUUGAGCGUCUCAACAGUCCUGAAGUGUUUGUAUGGAACCAAACAAAGCCUUACUGGCGCUCAGGUCCAUGGAAUGGUCAAGUACUUGUUGGCUUACCAAGUCGUUUGUUGUACGCUUCUGAUAUUCUAACACUUUCCAUUGGAAGGAAAGAUAAUGGAAGUAUUGUUGAGACUACCUAUACACUGCUGAACAGUUCUUUCUUUGCAAUUGCUACAGUGAAUUCUGAAGGCAAGCUGGUUUACACUUCAUGGAUGAAUGGGCAUCAAGUUGGGACAACCGUUGUUCAAGAAAAUGAAUGUGAUAUUUAUGGUUUUUGUGGUCCUAAUGGAAGCUGUGAUCUGACGAACUCACCAAUAUGCACAUGUUUGAAAGGUUUUGAGCCGCGAAAUGUGGAUGAAUGGAAUAGACAAAAUUGGAUAAGUGGGUGUGCGAGAAAGGCAUCACUGCAGUGUGAGAGGGUGAAAUACAAUGGAAGUGAAUUAGGUGGCAAAGGAGAUGGUUUUGUGAAACUAGAGAUGACAAAGAUACCAGAUUUUGUACAACAAUCAUAUCUUUUUGCUGAUGCAUGUAGAACUGAGUGCUUGAAUAAUUGUUCUUGUGUUGCUUAUGCAUAUGAUGAUGGAAUCCGGUGCUUGACUUGGAGUGGUAAUUUAAUCGACAUAGUCAGGUUUUCAAGUGGAGGCAUUGAUCUUUACAUACGCCAAGCGUAUUCAGAACUUUCUACAGAUAGAGAUGGGAAGAGAAAUUUUACAAAAAUCAUCAUAUCAAUGGGGGUAGUGGGAGCAAUUAUUUUUGCUACUGCAUCCUAUUUCUUAUGGUCAUGGGCUUCAAAAUAUUCAGCAAGAAGGAAAAUAGAAAAGAUGUUGGUGUCGAGCACAAGGCAAAUCCAUCCAGAAAACCGAAAUGCAAGUCUUAUUGGAAAUGUGAAACAAGUUAAAAUUGAGGACCUUCCUUUAUUUGAGUUUCAGAAAAUUUCAACUGCAACAAAUAAUUUUGGUUCACCAAAUAAGAUUGGCCAAGGUGGUUUUGGUUCAGCGUACAAGGGAGAAUUACAAGAUGGACUGGAAAUAGCAGUGAAAAGACUUUCAAAGGCUUCAGGACAGGGGCUAGAAGAAUUUAUGAAUGAAGUGAUUGUGAUUUCCAAGCUUCAACAUCGCAAUCUUGUUAGACUUUUGGGCUGUUGCAUCGAAGGCGAAGAAAAGAUGUUGGUCUAUGAGUACAUGCCUAAUAACAGUUUAGAUUUCUAUCUAUUUGAUCCAAUAAAAAAGAAGAUUUUAGAUUGGCAAAAACGCUUAUACAUAAUUGAGGGAAUCUCUCGCGGACUGCUUUAUCUUCAUAGAGAUUCGAGAUUAAGAAUAAUACAUAGAGACCUAAAGCCGAGUAAUAUUUUGUUGGAUGGAGAACUGAAUCCAAAAAUAUCCGACUUUGGCAUGGCUAGAAUCUUCGGAGGUAGCGAAAACGAGGGAAAUACAAGAAGGAUUGUGGGAACAUAUGGAUACAUGUCUCCGGAAUAUGCAAUGGAAGGGCUGUUUUCAGAGAAAUCAGAUGUAUUUAGUUUUGGGGUUUUGCUCUUGGAGAUAAUAAGUGGUAGGAAAAAUACAAGUUUCUAUAAUCAUCAAGCACUCACUCUCUUAGGAUAUACAUGGAAACUAUGGAAUGAAGAUGAGGUUGUAGCUUUGAUAGAUCAAGAAAUAUGUAAUGCUGAUUAUGUGGGUAACAUUUUGAGAUGCAUACACAUUGGACUUCUUUGUGUGCAAGAAAUUGCAAAGGAGAGACCUACUAUGGCCACAGUUGUUUCAAUGCUUAAUAGUGAGAUUGUUAAACUUCCUCAUCCAUCUCAACCUGCAUUCCUUCUAAGUCAGACUGAGCAUAGAGCAGACUCAGGUCAACAAAAUAACGACUCGAAUAACAGUGUCACUGUCACAAGCUUGCAAGGCAGAUAGAAUACAUAUGAUGGAAUGAAGCAUGACUCUCAAGAAUUUAAUGAUAUAUACAACUGUCAUUGACAAAUCUUGUUCAUCAUAAAAUUGAUGAAGCAUGAUCCAUCAUUUUUCCAAGAGUAUGCUACAUCUAACAAUAAUGUUCAAAAUAUGAGUUCUGUACCGGAUGAGAGGAGGAAGAAAAGAGGGUUGGUUGCUAUCGGUAAAGCCAAAACCUUGUAAUAUUGUGUAGAAGAUGCUGCAAUUUACAACUUCAAGUUAACUGUUGGAAAUCACCAAUAUGUUCACUUUGAUUACUCCUAGUUCAAGUAUUACUAUACUAUGAUUCUAUGUUGGUCUCAAUGGGUUAUGAGGAUCAACCACCAGCAAGAAAUGUGGUUUAACCAAUCUUUUCACCACAUACAAAUGCGACUAUGAUGCAUGUUAGGUUCACUGCUCAAACUGCGGUUUUGUAUCAGUCUGUGCCAACAGAUCUUACGAUUGAGAAAUCUUCGGGGGAUAUUGAGUUAGAUGUGUCGAUUAGCCUGAUUCACUGAUGCAAAACAAGAUGAUAUAUACCAAGAGAUUGCUUGCAGAAGAAGAUAUCGGUGUGUGAAGUAGUCUAGCUGCAGGUGUAAACACCUUCCCUUGUACAUUUUUUCACUAUCAUCAUAUAUAUGAUGGGCUUUUUGUUUUUUCUCUGAGCAUCCUAAGCAUUUCUUUAUCUUCAUCACUAGUUCAAUUUGUAGAUUGAUUAAUACAUUCUAAAGCUUAGAGUUUUGAAUGGGUUUAUUGUUAUGUAGAAAUGUAAACAGACAUGCCACAAGCAAGAGAAACUCAGAUUAUCUUGGCAUAUUUGAAAUGAUGAUAUGAUU